AUGUUGUCACGAGCACACAUAAUUCGUCGUACUGUUUACGGUUCAUGUACAACGCUAAUAUUUAUUUAUAUUGUAUUUGGAGUAUACCGUUAUUAUUAUCAAGGUUAUUUUGAGUUUUAUGAUUCAACUGAUCCUAUUAAACCAUACAAUAAAUAUACAACUAUACAUGGUGGUUUGAUUCCAGUAUCGGGCUACAAAAUUCUUCAGUCUGUUGCAAAUCCUUCAUUACAAAGAAUUCAUGAUUUAUAUACGUAUCUUAAUGAAAACAAAGAAUUAAAGGAUUAUUUUAUAUUAGUUCCUGAAGACUCUUAUCAUAUAACAUUAACUAGAUUGACAAAUACUCUAUCUAUAAAAGAAAGUCAAUUACAAAAAUUAGAAGAAGAACAAGAGUUACUUGAUAAAAAUAAUCCAUAUAUAAAAUGUGUCGGUAAAAAAUUAUUACUUAUUGAAAAAAAUGAAAUACGUUUGCAAAUUGAAUUAAACAAUAAAUACAUUGAUGGUUAUAUUAAAAAUUUGCAAAAACGAUGGAAUAAUAAUUUUCCGAAAUUAAUUACUAAACAUUGUACAUCAUUCUAUAUACCAUUAGCUUAUCAAUAUAAAGAUAUACCGAAUCAAGAUAUUUUAAAUCGAUUCAACGAAGCGUUACAACAAUGGUACGAAAUGCCAAUUGACGUUCAACUUGAUCCUAUUGAAAUAUGUUCGUAUUCAAAUUUAUUCGCUUAUGAACCUAUUCUUGCUGAUUAUGGAGAAGACGACUAA